CCAGUGGAAGUGACAAGUACGGAGUGCUAUAUUAACAAUAGAAAGAAGUGACACACAAGUGGUACAUGGAUUAUGUAACAUAGGAUUUGGAUUAUGCUGAUUAUUUGUUACAAAAGUGGUAAAUGGAUUAUGUUUUCAUCAACUUUCAAUUUCUCAGCAUUAAAAGAUGCAAUGAGGAAACGAAUAAUGGAUACAUCAAAAGAAGCAAACAUCUUCAAUCAUUUACUAUAUUUGCUAUGAAAAGGAAAAGAGAAAGGGGAAAACUAGGAGAUUUAUGGUAAACUAUUCAAACUGAUGGCUUUAGAGAUGAAGAUCAGGGGGGGACCAAUUAACAAAGCAAAAUGCCUGCAAAAAAGGCACACAGGUUAUAUUGACAUCAAAUACUUAAACGUCAAUCAAGGAAUUUCAUCUCCUCACUAUUCUGUUUUCGCUUACUAGCAUUGGUAACAACUAAUGUCCUCUUCACUUCCUCACAUCCAGCUUUUGUUCAAACUUGAACCAUUACAGUGUUCUGUACGCGAAUCAAUACUAAGAACAAAGAGAAAGAUUUCUGGUAAACAGGUAUUCAAGUUGCAGGCCAAUAAGAGAAGGGGUGAUAGUCCUUUAAAGAGAAUAAUAAGGAGGUACUUCUCACCUUGUUACGAUCAACACUGGUUUCGACUUUCUGAACUUGCACAAAAUCAUGUUAACACCUCAAAAAAGGAUAAUGAAGCAGAAGAAAAAGUGUCCAAAAAAGAAAUCCGAAACUCACUGUCACAGGACAGAAAUGCAGAAGACAGUAAUGGAAAUGGCAACAGGGGAAAUGGCAAUGACAAAGGUAAUGGAGGAGAUAAUGGAGGUGAUGACCAAGGCCAUAGAAGCAAUCCAGCAGGAAUCGAGUGGUGGUUGUGGUGGAAAUGGCGACAAGCGUGUUAUAAAGCCCAAAAUGGAAGUACUCGAUCAAACAUGUGGCCGGUGGAUGCAGCAGUCCAAGCAGUGGCUGAUGAGGUUAUGGAGAACAUAGAACCAGUAGUUAAAGCUGUAGUAUUGGAACCAAUUAAGCAGCAUAUAACUAAAGAUGGGUUUGUUUUGGUGUUAGUGUUUGGAGUAUUACUUGUAUCAAUUAUACAAAUGGUUGUUGGACUUGCAAUAUUGUCUAUGGGAGUUUCAUUAGCAGGCGUAGCAGCAUUCACCUUGGCACUUUUAUGGUUGUCGAGGAAGACGAGGGGUAACCGAAGCCAACGUGAUAAUGAGAAGAACGACAAUGGUUAGUACACUCAGUAGUAGCGCUUAAAGGUAGCGGGUAACAUUCAUAACUGAUAUUAACCGAGACUUUUUCAUCUCCAUGAUCUUAAUGUUUAAAGGUGGUUUAGCUAAACUCCUUAGGGCGUGUUCUACAGUAGCGAUUAAGACACCGUGUGGCGUUUAAGACAGCGUGUAGCAUUUUGACCUAUUCAAAACACUUACUUGUAAAAUUGUAAGUGUUUGGUAAAGUAGCGAUUAACGGUAGGAGUGGCGGUUAGUCAGUUUUCUCAAAACUUUACAAAGAGUAUUCAAUUAAGUUGCUUAAAGAUAGUGGGUAUUGUUUGAUAGUAAAGUUUUAAACAAUAUACAAAGUAUAUACAUUCGGAAAAAAAUAUAUAUAUAUACAAAGUAUAUAGUUUUUUUAUUGUAUUUUACAAUC